GACAAGCCAGUUAAGAGUGUUCAGUACACACACAUACAAAAAGAUUCAAAGAAUCAUUUCAAAGAUUUAGAGUAACCAAAAAGAGUGAAAAAGAAUGAACAGAAUGAGCAAUACAGUAAUAGGAUUCUUGAAUAUUCUAACACUAGUCUCAUCCAUAGUUAUGAUAGGAUCGGCUCUAUGGAUGGGUAAGAGCAAGACAACAUGCGAGCAUUUCCUUCAGAAGCCACUUCUGGUCUUAGGCCUAGCGAUCAUGGUCUUAUCACUAGCUGGUCUGAUCGGUGCAUGCUGCGACGUGGCUUGGGUCUUGUGGGUGUACCUCUUUUUCAUGGUCUUCAUCAUAGUUGCCCUCAUGGGUUUGACCCUUUUCGGGUUUAUUGUAACUAGCCAUGGAGGUGGUGUGGGUGUGACUGGUAGGGUUUAUAAAGAGUUUAAGCUUGAAGAAUAUCAUCCAUGGCUUAAGACAAGGGUUAUGGAUGCUAAUUAUUGGUUGACUAUAAAGACUUGUCUCUUGAGCUCACUCACUUGCUCCAAGCUCUCUCUUUGGACUCCUAUUGAUUAUCUCCAAAAGGACUUGACUCCUCUACAGUCUGGAUGCUGCAAACCACCGACGUCGUGUGUAUACAACACGGAGACGCCAAUACAACAAGAAUCCGAUUGUUACCGGUGGAACAACGCUGCAACGGUGCUAUGCUACGACUGUGACUCGUGUAGAGCUGGCGUUUUAGAGACAGUGCGGCGCGAUUGGCAUAAACUCUCUAUAGUUAACGUCGUCAUUGUUCUCUUCCUCAUCGCCAUUUACUGCGUUGGGUGUUGCGCGUUUAAAAACGCCAAACGCCCUCAAUAUUAUGGUUUUCCUUACGGACGUUACGGCAUGUCCAAGUCUCGACCCGGUUGGGAACAGUCCUGGUCGAGGUGGUGGCAUGGUAGAGAUCGGUAUUACUAAAAAUAUAUUUAUGUAAUGUGCAUAUCGAGUUGUGACUGAACUCAUGGCCUCUAAUUUAUAAAUACAUGUUGUACAGUGUCUUUUUUUAUUUGUUGUUGAAAAGAAUAACACUAACAGAUAGAUGAUAGUUACAAUGUCAAAUAAUAUGGACAUGUUGUUUCGUAUAAUACUGCAGCAUGUUUGGGCUAGUCAUGAAGGAGGGCCCUAAGUUGAGGGCCAUCAAGAUAUAAACUAUGGCUAAUAAAAAGUUAAAAACAAUUGAAAUGUCCGUUAGCGCUCGUCCCACAUCGGAAGUCUUGAGAUGCACACUCCUCUUUCGCUUAGUAUAAAAGAACACGAAGGUCGAACCUUGAAAAGUACUUACCUGGACGGGGUCAACUCAUGAUCAAGAAGAUGAGUGGCCUAAGCUAGUGACAUCCAUUGCACAUAACGGAGGGGCGCUUAGCUUAAGGUCUCCCCAAGUGGGAGAGCCUGCGUCAUUAUUUGUGGCAGUUGGGGCCUGCGUUCGCGCGGCCCCUAC